AUGAGUGGAGAAUUUGAUUUUCGAGCAUUGCUACUCAAAGUACAAGAUCUUCUAUCUGACAAUGAUCGACAUCGUUUUCUAUUUCUUAUUGGUGAAGAUGUUCCCAGAUAUUUGCGCGAUGAUCCUUCAAUGAGUGGAACACUUCGUGUACUACAGUCUCUUUUCGAAAAGGCAAUUAUCAGCGAUCAAGAUUGUGGUUACCUGAUUAAAGCAUUUAAGAAAAUACAUUGUAACGAUGCUGCAAAACGGCUUCAAGGUUAG